AUGGUGGUGACCCAUGAUGAUGUGAGAUACCAAUUGCCUUAUUUCUUUGCUAGUGAGGCGUACUUUAGCUGGCAGAGGGAUGAGGAACGGGCGAACUGGACCAACAGCUCCAAUUUCAUGGAUGGUGGAGUUCUGAGGAGUGGAAGUGGCCCAGGCAGCAGGUACUUUGAAUAUUAUGACGGUCCUUUUGAAUACAACUCUACAAAAUGUGUGGAUCUAAGGCGGGAAAUAAUGGCGCUGAAGGUUCUGACGGUAGCGAAGCAGACCGAAUUGUUUGAAAGGUGGAGGAACCUUCAGAUCUGCAAGUGGGAGAUGAAUAUCAUGGAGGCCAAGUUCUUCAAGUCUACUUUGUCCAGAUGUUGCAAUGCACCAGCAUUCCUCUUCACCACACAAAAGAACGCACCCCUGGGAACAGACCUGAAAUACGAAGUGGAUACCAGCGGCAUUUUCCAUAUCAACGUCGAAGUAUUCAGAAUGUUUCCUAAGGAGAUGCCCUAUUCUCGUUCCCAGUUUAAGAAAUGUGCGGUGGUUGGAAACGGAGGAAUUUUGAAGAACAGCGGAUGUGGUCAGGAGAUCGACAACGCCGAUUUUGUGUUACGGUAAUUGUCCAGCACCAUUUCAGACAAAUGGCUGUCCAGUCUCUUCUUAAAGACUUCCAUUUCUGACGUUCCCCCUUCUUGUGCUCCCCAUACCAGGUUCCAGAGGCUGGAGAAAUGGAGGCGGCCCUUUUACCAGGUCCUGAAAGCGUACGAAAACGCCUCCGUGUUGCUCCCGGCCUUCUACAACACCCACAACACCGACGUCUCCCUCAGGGUCAGGUACGUCCUGGACGACUUCGAAUCCAAGAAGGCCGUCUACUUUUUCCACCCCAAGUAUCUCACCAACGUCUCGCGCUACUGGCUGACGCAAGGGGUGCGGGCCAAGCGGGUCACCACGGGGCUGAUCCUGGCGACGGCCGCCUUGGAGCUGUGCGAAGAGGUCCACCUCUUCGGAUUCUGGGGUUUCUCCAUGAACCCCUCGGGGACGUUCCUCACGCACCAUUACUACGACAACGUCAAACCUCGGCCCGGGUUCCACGCGAUGCCUUCGGAGAUGCUCAACUUCCUCCGCCUACACAGCAGGGGGGUUUUGCGAGUCCACACGGACGCCUGCAGCUACUCCUGA